AUGGGUACGUGGCGGGGGCCGCGGGGACGCUGGAUCGGCUGGAUCCUCCUUUGUCUGCUGUCUGCGAGAUGCAUUGUUAUACAGGCACGAGACCCUGGACACUCUCUUUGGUUGAACGCGGUCCGUGACAAGGAUUUGCUUGACGACUGCUUGACGGACUCUCGGUCCUUGCGCCACGAGGCUGCCCAACUCAUCCGGCGGGUGCAUAACCUGGACGGAGGUUGCCAUUAUUUCGUGGAGCCCAAUGAAGUACGAAACUUGUGCUUGGAGUUUUUGAAGCUGUGGGAGGGCCCUACUCAGCCAGAGCAACACAUCGUGAGAUGCUCGCGUGCCAUGCUCGGCAUGGCAGUCCUCUACGACGUCGUGUCGAACGAGCUACACAACAGCACAUGUUCGACGGUUUCUGUGCACAAGCAGUUUCCUAUUUUGGAUAGUUUUGAGCACCGAGUCGCCGAGCUGCAGCAGGAUCGCCAACACAAGACUUGGUGGAGAACUGCGUACGGCAAGCACACACAGCUCGGCUCUGGUUGGGAGUUUCAACGUAAGGGAACCAAGUUGUUGCGGCUCGUGGCAAACCACACAGCGAGGUGCAAAGAGCUGGGGCAUACUUGCGCUGUUUACAACGCUUGGGAGCCCGAAGAGUGCUUCCCACACGACGACUUGGUGAAAGCCUGGUCGCCGUCCUGCCAAGAAAGUAUGCAGAUCCCCAGAAGGCCUCCGAGAGUGCGCCAAAAAGCGACUGAUUGGCUAGGGCUUGUCCAAGACUGCGGGGAAGGCUUGGAGAGCGAGAGGCCUCAGACUCAACCUGAGAUGACACGCAUGCUCGAGUGCCUCGGCCUGCCCUGGGGCCCUGUGGCGGGGGAGGAUUACUUCGAGACCCUCUGCUUAUUGCAAGCGGUGAAGACUGCGACUAGCAUUGGCACCUUUGUUGUGGUAGAGGCGGGUGCCAGCGUUGGCUACUGGGCGCCGAAGGCCGCGAAAGCUUUCAGGCGACGAUUUCCCGACACUGGAGCUUGUCAUUUGGUCUUGAUUGACUCGAUGGUAGCCACAUCUUCUGCCGCUGCGAACCUCCAGCGCAACGGUAUUUACGACCUGUGCAACAUAACCCUUCUCCAGUCCAGGGCAACUGCAUCGCUGCUGGAUAGACUCAUCGACUUCUUCGGGACAGUGGAUCUGUUGCAUGUGGACAUCCAGGAGGCAGAGUUGGAGCUUGUACAGAGGAGCGUCCGCUUGCCGCGAGUGCAGCACCUCUUCGUUGGCACGCAUGGGCGCAAGAUUCACCGGCAAGUGCGGUCUUUUCUGGCGUACCAUGGCUUUGCGAUCGACUUCGAUUACGUGGGCAAGAGUUUCCUGAGGACACCGAUCGGUCCCGUCGUGUUCGGGGACGGGGUCCUUGCUGCUUGUGGAGCGCAAAAGCUGCCUUCACGAUAUCCUGUUGCAGACAUCAUCGCGUCUCGGGUAAUCAGGUAA